UCCGGCAAGAAGAAGUUGUCACCAUCCAUUGUUGCAGACGCGCCGCGAAAAGAUGCUGGAUGGAGUGCCGCGUCCUCGUCUACGUCUCAACCAGUGGCCCAAGAAGAUCCUGGAGAUCCGAGCUUUGCAGAGAGUGUCAGACAGGACAUGCUGCACUGUUGGCGCGGGUACAAGCAGCGAGGAUGGGGACAUGAUGAUGUCACCCCGCUUUCUGGACGAGGCACCGAUUGGAUCGGGUGGGCGGUGGAUAUUAUUGACUAUGUUUGGUUCCUUCCACGAAGAACAGUAUUCUUAGACGGGUCAGGUUACAUCCGUGUAGGUUGUUUCUGCGGUUAUCACGAACGAUGACAACAUUGACCACAGCAUGUCCUUUUGUGUUAUUGAUUGACGAAAUCCAACGAGAGACGCCUGUCAUCCUUAAUAGUACUUUUGCUGUGGUCUAUCCGUUACUAUGUUGUGGUCACCGAUAGCAACUACUAUUCUCUAACCUAAGUCCCUCGACACGCUGCAUUUGAUGGGUUUGCAUAAGGAGUGGCGUGAGGGCGUGAGCUUCCUAGAAAACGAGUUUUCGGAGGGUAAAUUUGCGCGCGAUCAGAGAAAGGGACCGCAGACAACGUUCGAGAUUGUGAUUCGUGCAUUGGGCGGACUCAUGAGCGCCGCGGAUCUCGCAGAGGGCGACGUUCUCGCAAAUGGUAAGGCUCAUGAGAUCGAGAUGAAGGAAGAUGCCUUGCCAUACGUGAAUUGGAGACCCGACGAAUUUCACGCGGAAGAUGAACAGGAAGAGAAUCAUGAUGAUGAAUUACAAGAGCUAUUGGAAUCUGGAUCAACGACUUUAUCGGGAGGUGCAGGCUCCACUCUGAAGAAACACGCAAAAGCCAAUUUAGGGCUUAGAAUAUUACAUUCAUCUUCACAGUAGAGUAUAAAUAUUUAUAGAUAUACUAAAUUGUAUUUCGCAGUAGAUAUAAAGUAGCUAGGGUCCUUCUCUCUGGUUGUGGGUUUAUUUGGUGAACCGGUAACCCAUAGCGAAUAAACCUGUGCACAAAACCAGAGAGCUGAGCACUCGCCGGAGGCGUUGCGCAGGGCUCCGGCCUGCCUUCGAAGGUGAGACCUAUGGGGCUGACAGGACGACGAUAGCGCCGGCGCUUAAUUAGUUUUAGCAGAUAGGAGGACCCUUGGCGAUAGUUGCCCUUUUCUCUUUUCUCUCUUCCUCUGGUCUUUCUUUUUUCUAGUUAGCUCGGCUCCACUACAGACAUACUAAAUUGUAUUCGUGAUCUCCACAGAACAAGGGUGAGUACUUGUCUCUGGCUCCUCUCCUUGGAGUGGUCUGGGAGUAUGAUCUUAGAAAAACUGGGUUCUAACCAAGCAAGCGAAGACAUCCCGGGAAUCAGUGGCCACGCAACAGUGCAAGCGAGAGGUGGUGAGCUCGAUCGGGAAUCUGCGGAGACUCGCGGUCGACCUAGGAGAGAGAUUGCAAAGGGCUUGGAAACGAAGCGAUCAACUUCUACCGGAAAAGGCAGUGACCCUUUUUAAGAAGGUAGCUGAUUUCAGAUCUCUAUUUUUUGGCUUUAUCUGAGGAACUCGACACUUGUAAUUUUAGGUCAACUUUACCGCUAUUAGUUUGAUUCGGCCAAGGACUAUCACGAGCUGGAAUAUCUUCUACUACAUUAAAGGAGCGUUCUAGUGCAUACUUAAAUUAGGAGGUGCAGUGCUGAUAUUUUCGAACGUCGUCUAAUUUUCACGAUGGUAGGACUUUGGAGGAGGGUGCCUGUCUUGCAGAAGUGGCGAGUUUGCAGAUUGAGUUUCGUUCGCUCAAUUUUUCGGUGAAUAGUUGGGAGCACGAGAGCUUUUUGCAGCAAAGAAUGCCCUCAGCAUCAGCAGCAACACGGCUGUCUUUGCUGCAGGGAACGACACGCGCGGGACAUCGUCGAGUGUUUGCAGACGAGCCACUGCCAGUUGUCCAUCACAAGAAAGUAGUAGCUUCAGCUGAUGAAGACAACAUCAGGGGGAUCCCACAUCAAGCAGGAGGAUUGCAGAAAGAGCGGCGAUCCAUGGUCAGAAGUGAAAAGGACCAACAACAUGCUAGUUCCAUGAUCAUGGCCACUGAGUCCGAGAGUUAUAUGGGGAACCAAGAGGGACACGCUACAACUCGAAGCAGCAGAUUUCGACGGCGAUUUUCUGACGAAAUUAAGGGUUGCAAGUUGGCCUCUGUAUGCGCAUAUCUAAAUAUGACCUUUUGAAUUAGGAAAGUCAUACACAUGCGAGAGAAAUCGGCCAAUGUUCAACCCCUAACGAAACAGGUGCACAUCUACGGGUGCCCUCAGCUGCUCGCUUGGCUGAACAACGAGGCGACGACAUAAUACGGGUAAUCCUAGCGAGUCCGGCAACCCCGAGGAGGAGAAAUCGCUACCUCGAGAGUAGUAGAGAUGUAUGGCGUAUGUUUAGAGUACUACUAGAGUGUAGUACCUACUAGAGAUGUACUAGAUAGUAGUACUAUAGUGUUUGGAAUGUCGCCUCAUGUUGUAGAUUUAUAUAAGACGGUUCGUUGUAUCUGCUGUAGGGUGUCUAACUCGACAACUAUCCAGUCAGAAUUAUACUGUUGGUUGUUUUCUGUCAUGCUUUCUAAAAAAACGACGAAGCUAUGCGUUCCGCAAGGCGGUUGGCGAGGCGGCUAAAAAGAUGGUGAACGCGGUCGGGCUACGUGUGGAUGGGGUUGCCAGCCUGGACGAGGAGAGCGACAAGGGAGAUGGGCCUGGCUUAGUCGGUGCAGAGGUUUGGUAUGUUAAGGCAUUUUCAUUGUUAUUUUAGUUUGUGACUUUUUCUUGGCCUUACGCUUUUGUUCUUUGGCCUCCUAGAAUUUAAGGCGUUUGUACUGACUAUGUUCUAAUUGCGACUGAGAUUCUUCUCGCUUAAUAUUUUCCCUCAUGCAUUUCUUUGUCUGAAAAAAGUGAUCUCAUAACUACUGUCAAGAUAUGAACUUACCUUUUCUAGUCCUGGAGAAUUCGAUCCGAGCCCAUUCUUUGCUAUCCUAUCAUAUCUAUCCUAUCGUAUCUAUCCUAUCCUAUCCUAUCUUGUAUCCUAUCCUGUAUCCUAUCCUGUAUCCUAUCCUGUAUCCUAUCCUGUAUCCUAUCCUGUCCCAUCCCAUCCUAUCGAUUCUAGCUUAUCCGAUUCUAUGCUAUGCUAUUCUAUUUCCUAUCCUUAUCUGCUCUAGCUAAGAAUGACGCGGAGGAGGAUCAAAUGCGCUUUUCGGGAAGUGCUAGCAUGUCUGGUAGGACUGAUUCUUACUACGAGUACCUCCUCAAAUUGUGGAUCCAAUCCUUAUGAAAAUUUUUCUCUCAAUUGUUUAUUACUAUAGAGCACUUGGUAAACGUAAAUAACGAUAACCGAUCAUCUUUGUACUUAUCACAGCUCUUGGGCCAACGAAAAUAGAAAAUGGACUAGUCAUUCACAGCUCGUACGUAAAAGCAAAACGUUUUUAGUUGGCUUGUUCUACGAUGUAUCAUGGUGCGAAGAUGGAGCUUUUCUCUCUAAUGUUUGGGAAGAAGGACGCACAGUUGCUAGCUGCAUUUCGUCACGCUAUGCGGGAUAUGCGGGAUCGACUAGUACGCUAUGGUGUAACUCCUGUUAGACAGGAGACUGCAGCAGAUGGUCAGGAAGUUGAGGAGGAAGAAAAUGAUGAGGUUGAGGCUCGCCAGGACACUUUUGCGGUACUGCAACACAAGCAUGCGGCAUCGCAAGACGAGCACGAGCCAGUACAGCACAAGGCACUGCAACACAAGCAUGCGCCAUCGCAAGACGAGCACGAGCCAGUACAGCACAAGGCACUGCAACACAAGCAUGCGGCAUCACAGGACGAGCCCGAGUCAGUACAGCACAAGGCAGGAGGAGAAAAAGCUAAGCCCAGUGAAGCUUCGGGGAGAGCAGCAGCGUCAAAAGCAAGUCGUGGCGCUGGUGCGAAAAAGAACAAGCAGAAAGUGGAAAAGGAGAGUGAGCCACUAUCGUUCGCGCAGUUCCAUGCACACGGCUAUGGCGAAAGCGGGCCACGUGCUUCUAGCACGUCUGCAGCCACUCCGUCUUUACGAGGAGUAAGUAGUUUCAGCAAAAGUCGUUUUCAGCAUCCUCAUUCUCGUGUGACCACGACUGGGAUUAUAUUUUCAUAGAAUCGAUGUUGUCUGCUGUCCCUCUACAAAAUUUAGAUUUACUUCACAUGAACCAUGAGUUUAGUAGUUGUACUGCUUGUUCUUAUUUUGAUUUUUCAUCGUAGACGAAUCAGUCACAAUCCUAGAGAAGAUGGGUCAAAGUCAAUGAAUGUUUGAGCUAUGAAUUUAGAGCGAGACCAGCAGCUACAUAGUUCUAGCUUUACUCUUCUAACUGUUAGAUCACCAGCCCACCGACAACUGUCUCGUCAACAAACGCAACCGCGCAGAAAGAUGCAGGGGUCUCUCAAGGUUUCUCUUGUGCAGGACACAGAAGCAGAGAAACGAGAGACAUUAAGGCUACCGAACAUAUUCCCUUGAUAAAUCUUACCUUAGUUGUUUAACUCACCCUGUUUGCUUUCGAUCCUCUAUUUCACAGCACAUGCAGGCUACCAAAAUUUCCACAGCGCCGUACAUACACUCUUUCGCCUGUUUCUUGAGUAAUUGAAAAAGAAGCCUACUCCAGGCCUUGGCAAGGAUGCUAUUAUUUUGCCAAAAAGGAUGAAGAUGGGAGCGCGGAGGUAGCUCUAAAAGCAAUGGCACUGCGCAGAGAAUUGCAGUCGGGCGAAACAGCUUUCAUCGGCCGCGAAGCACGUGCCAGAGGAGAAUUUAUCCCCGAGAUGGACCAUUUAUUAUGGUACUUAUCUAUAAUCGUGGUAAUUCUCAGUGUAAGAUUAUGAAUGUGUGACUAAAAGAGACUAAGACAGUAUCAUCUGAUUGGGAAGUCGUAGGUCAUAUUCGAAUCAACUAACAUCAUCAAGACACAGUAUUAGCCCCUCAAACAAGGCAUCCAUUUGUCGUCUUCUUCAUCCUCUAAUAGGCG